AUGUCUAAUCAAUUAAACGACGAUAAACUCUUUGAGAUAUUCUCUAGGCUUAGAAGUGAUGAAAAGCAGCCUCUCAAACUCGACAAACCUACAAUUGAAGACAUAAAAAAAGAACUAGAAGAGACAUUUCUUACUCCCCAAAGAACAUUUCCAGCUUCAUGGCUCUCUAAAUGUCAAGAAUAUUGGGAAGAAACACCUGACUAUACUAACAAUGUAUACUCACAACUAGCCAAACCUCGCACAACUAUUCAUGUGGCGCGUCAGGGAUUUGAUGGUGAUAUCAUUGGAUACAGAGAAUCUAUUAUUGACGAUCCCAACCUCACUGCAAUCAACUCCACAAGCUUCUCGAGAUCUUUUGGUUCAACAAAAAACUUUGUCCGUGGCUCUGCAGCGCAAUUUCCUUUUGCACCUGGUGGCCUUGAAGCAGAAGUUAUUGAAGAAGAGGAUGAAGGUCAUGUCGAGGUUAAUGUGGACGUCGACCUCUUUGACCUGCGCGGUGCAGGUAAUAUCGCGCCAGGAUUAGACAGAGGGUUGUUGUUUGGAGACGAGGGAGAGCAGCAAGAGAAAGAGAUGGAAGCCAUUAGCAAAAAGAGCACUGUUUUCAGUAUCGAAAAUAUGAUGGACCCUCUCAGCAGUACAUUCGAUUUCUUGGACAUAAAGGUUAAACCAGUUGAUGGUCAUGUAGAAGAGCCAGUACCAACUACCAAAGUAGAGGAGGCUCCAGAUGUAACUGGACCUCAAGAAGUAGAUGAACUUUUCCCGACAUCUCUUCCACCACAAAAAGAGCUAGUUCUCAAAAAACUGACAACUGCAAGCGAGGCACUUAAACGCCGUGAGUGGGCUCACGAGAUUAAUGUCAAUGAGCCUUUUGAGAACUUUCAUGACCUUGUCCCUGAAAUGGCCAUGCAAUUUCCAUUCGAACUCGAUACGUUUCAAAAGCAAGCUGUAUACCAUUUGGAAAUGGGUGAUUCUGUGUUUAUUGCUGCGCACACGUCUGCUGGUAAAACAGUUGUGGCAGACUAUGCAAUUGCACUGGCAACAAAACAUAUGACCAAAGCCAUCUACACGUCUCCAAUUAAAGCGUUGAGUAACCAAAAGUUUAGAGACUUUAAGCAUACGUUUGGAGAUGAUGUCGGUAUUCUUACUGGUGAUGUUCAAAUCAAACCAGAGGCAAGUUGCUUGGUGAUGACAACUGAAAUUCUACGAAGCAUGCUGUAUCGAGGUGCAGAUUUGAUUCGUGACGUAGAGUUUGUUAUUUUUGAUGAAGUACAUUAUGUCAAUGACUUGGAGAGAGGUGUAGUCUGGGAAGAGGUUAUUAUCAUGCUUCCAGCACAUGUAAACAUCAUUUUACUAUCUGCGACAGUUCCAAACACAAGAGAAUUUGCUGGCUGGGUCGGACGCACUAAAAAGAAAGAUAUAUACGUAAUUAGUACAAUGAAGAGACCAGUUCCGUUGGAACAUUAUCUAUAUGCAAAUAGAGACAUAUACAAGAUCGUGGCUGCUAAUGAAAAUAAGAUAAGCACUAUAGGAUACAAGAAAGCGCAGGACGCAAUGACAAAACGUAAAGAGCAAAUCGAAAAGUCUAGCGGAAACAGCAAUACCAGAGGUGGGCGUGGCGGCAGAGGAGGCGCUGUGUCUCGAGGAGGAGGAAAACCUAUCGGUCGCAGCUAUCAUGCUGCUAUGCAGUCAGAUCGUAAUCUGUUUGUGCAUCUGAUCGGAAUGCUAAAGACCAAGAGUCUUUUACCUGUUGUCAUUUUUACAUUCUCUAAAAAGCGAUGCGAAGAAUAUGCAUCUGGUCUGUCCAAAACAGAUUUAUGUAGCAAUCUUGAAAAGAGCGAAAUCCACGUGUUUAUUGAACGUAGCUUGGUUAGACUUCGUGGGUCAGACAAGCAUCUUCCUCAGAUAUUGAGAAUGCGAGAACUUAUGAGCCGUGGUAUUGCCGUACAUCAUGGUGGACUUUUGCCCAUCAUGAAAGAAAUUGUUGAAAUUUUAUUUGCAAGAGGUUUAAUCAAAGUCUUGUUCGCCACCGAAACCUUUGCUAUGGGCGUCAACAUGCCUGCACGUUGUGUCGUCUUUUCAAGUAUUCGCAAGCAUGACGGGCGUAAUUUCCGUGAUCUAUUACCUGGUGAAUAUACACAGAUGUCUGGUCGAGCAGGUCGUCGUGGUCUUGAUAGCACUGGUGUUGUCAUUAUUGCAACUGGUGGUGACGAGCCGCCUGAAGCUUCUACUUUAUCUACAAUGAUUCUUGGCAAGCCAACCAAAUUAGAAUCUCAAUUUAGAUUAACUUACAACAUGAUACUUAAUCUGCUUCGUGUGGAGGCAUUGAAGGUAGAAGAGAUGAUCAAGCGCAGUUUCUCCGAAAACAGCACCCAAAAGCUGCUACCUGAUACUAAGAGACUCGUGGACGAAAAUGAACAAAAGAAGAGUGCACUUCGUCAACUGGAUUGUGCUAUCUGUGAACCUGAUAUUGAAAGAUUUUACGACGUUUGUGGUGAAGUGGUAUAUCUGAAUCGUACAAUGAUCACACAGUUCAUCACGGCAACACCUGUAGGGAACAGAGCAUUAUGUAUGGGACGUCUGGUUGUCAUUAAUACGAACGUAUAUCGAAAUGCGCCUGCACUCAUACUGAAACCAUUACCUUCAAGUGCCAAUAGCCAACAUCGCUCUUUCUACUGUCUUGUUCUAUUGGAUAAAAACCUCGACAUAAGUGAUACGCCCAAUCUUGAUGAAACACCACCUCUUCCAAUUACAGAAAUUUGUACACCAGAAGAAGGCAAUAGCGAAACUGAGAUUAUCACUGUUCCUGCGCCCGAUAUCUUGUUUAUCACUCGACUGUCCCUCAAGAUUGACGCUGAUGCUAUCAUGGCUGGUAAAGAUAACAAUCUAGACAUGGUCAAGGCAGUACAGGAACUCCAGUCGUUUGGUGCUGAUGCAAAGAAAGGCGGUAUAGUUGAAUAUGAUUGGGGUAAGAUCAAGGACGUCGAAUUCCAAGAAAUGCUACGCUCAAAGAACAGCUUAAUGAAGAAGCUUCGCAGUGAAUUCCAAUGCACCAAGUGCCCAGAACUCAAGGAACACUACUCGCUUAUCCAUGCGCACAAGAGGCUUUCCAGUCAAAUUGAAAUGCUAAAGAUGACCAUAUCAGACCAAAACUUGGAGCUUCUUCCAGAUUACCAUCAGCGUAUUGAAAUUUUACGUAGAUUGAAUUAUAUUGAUGAUCAGGGCACCGUUCAACUAAAGGGCCGCGUUGCUUGUGAAAUCAAUUCAGCUGAUGAACUUUUGUUAACGGAACUUGUGCUUGAUAAUGUCUUUGCAGACUUUGAGCCAGCAGAAGUAGUAGCCAUUCUAUCCUGCUUUGUGUUUCAAGAACGUAAUGCCAGUGAACCAAGAUUAACGCCAAAGCUAACCAAAGGCAAAGAGGUUGUGCUGACGUACGCUAGAAAGCUUGCAGAAUUGCAAGCAGAGUGUGGUUUGGCCAUCUCUGUGGAAGAUUAUGUUGCCAGUUUCCGAUUUGAAUUGGUUGAAGUUGUUUAUGAGUGGGCGCGUGGUUUGCCAUUCAAGCAUAUUACUGAUUUGACGGAUGUUCUUGAAGGCUCUAUUGUUCGCUGCAUCACACGAUUAGACGAAACUUGUCGCGAAGUCAUGGGAGCAGCACGCAUGGUAGGUGAUACCAGCCUAUACAAAAAGAUGGAACAGGCAGAACAAGACAUUAAACGAGACAUUGUAUUUGCAGCUAGUUUGGUAAGUUGCACAAGGACAAAGAAAAGGAUGCAAAAAGACUAA